AUGGGUCCCCCAACACAGCAAGCCGGGCAAAAGCGUAAGCUAGGCUUCAACAAGCCUAUGCCCUCGUCAGACUCACGCAAGCGACAGAAAUAUCAUGAUGCGCGUGCGAUCUCUGUGCAGCGGCCUGAUGCCGCUGUUUCUGCGAUGGGGGAACUCAAUAUCCCGUCCUUCAUCAAGGCGAGAGAGUUCGAAAUCGCGGCUCUGGAGAAGAGCAUGCGGAAUGCAAAGAAGUCUCUGAGUACAAGAGCAUUUCAACAGGUUCCAAGACACAUGCGAAGGAGGACUGCCAGCCAUAACGCGAAGAAGGUACCUCGACGAUUGCGGAAGAGGGCGGAACGUGAGAUGAAAGAAGACAACACGCCUACGGUGACCAAGCGAACGCGUACUCCCUCUCGAAAGUUGAGAAUUAGACUCGACACUGCUCGAACUUUGAAGCGACUGAAUCAGAGGCGCAAGACAGUCCGGCAGAAGAAGAAGGAAGCCAAAGCCAAUGCUCAGCAACCAGAACCUGAUAGACAUGUGCUAACUUCACGUGUGCCUCGCCUGAAGAAGAACACACUGUCCGCAUUCCCCAAAGCCUCGACAAAGUACAAGAAACGGCAGGUCAACAAGACAUGGCUACCCACCCAUCUCUGGCACACAAAGCGUGCUCACAUGACCCGGCCAACGGAGCCGCUAUGGAGAAUGGCCAUACCGUUGAGCCCCACGGAGAAGAGUUACAGACCAAGUCAUCGAGCAGCUGGCACGCAGGGCUGCAUAGCUUGGGAUACUAGCUACAUGUGCACGGUCGCUUGCUGGGGAACAGAGAACGCCUUGGAUAGCAUGCUCAAGGCACUAAGCUUUUCUCCGCUGGGAGUUUCGCGGUCCCUGCAGAAGAAGUGGAAGAACGGCACAAGGUUUGCUUGCGGUUGGGUUUCCGAACGGGAUCAAGCGAAGCAGCUCAUCGCACCGGUGAAGGUCAUCUGGUUCCCACCGGAGCAAGAUCGGGAAGAAAACCCAAAAUCUGCAAAACCGGAGGACCUUAAGGGCCUUGGAAACGAUGCCCAGGCCCAGUCUGGUUUGGCAGAAAGUCAGAUGGAAAUAGAGCAAGAGAACCGGGGUCAGCCUGUGGGGAGCAACGCGCAAGUCGAAAUUGCAAGAGAUGGCAAAAAGAAGCGCAAGACGAAACUCGAUCACCGGAUUGUGAUCCGCAUCCACCCUUCUGCCUUCCUUCAGUUCUGGCAAGAGCUUUUAAAGGUCGCGAAGAUGCAGAAGCCGCAAGUCUUGAUCGAAGAUCUCCGCUUCGAAAUCGGAAGUAUCGACAUCCAGGGGCCAGGCUCGACUGAAGCGUUGCUCGGUGUGCUUCGUCCUUUUCCAGCACAUGUGCGAACAGAAGAGUCGAGCGGAUCGUUGUGGACGCGACUUGCAGGCGUCAACAAUCCCAGCAUUCUUCCCCAUAACGCUAUGCUUUCUUUUCAUCUCGUCGACCCGAGGCUGAACCAUCCGCCGAAGCAGAUUGAGAUACCCCAAAGCUCCGGGUCAAGUCAUCUUGACGAACUUAUUGUGUCGUGGCCGUUUGAUAAGACACUUCCAUCCUCGUCACUGCUUUCACACAAGACGCGCUGGCUGAUAAGCAACUCCUUACCAUCACAGAAAGCGAUCAAUCGUCGACGAGCGCUAGCACCACCAGGGCAAGCACCGUCAAUCACAGCCAAAGACCCCAGGAUACCAGUCAUCCUACUUGCGUCGCGGACAGAGAACAGCACUAACAAGAACUACCAAGGCACAUGGACCGUCCUUCUUCCCUGGAGUUGCGUCGAUCCUGUUUGGCGGUCUCUGAUGUACUAUCCCCUCUCCUCCGGCGGCACCCCGCGAUUUGGGGGCAUGAAUCAGCAACAACAGAUGUCGUUUGAGCGGAAGACGCCAUGGUUCCCGGGAGAUCACCCGGGCACCGCGGCGGGCAAAGCAUGGGAACGGAGUGAAAGCGAAAAGCGAUUCGAUGCGUGGAUUCGACGACCUCCAAAACAUCGGAUUGCAUGGGAGAGGCUUGAUCUGGGACUAGGCCGGCGUGGCGAGAUGGGAAGAGGGUGGGCUUGUGAUUGGGAAUAUCUCUUCAGUGACACGAACGAGGCUCUCACCACUGAAGUCGCUCCCUCCUCUCAGCAUAAUGAUGGAGUUCCCAAAGAGCACGAUCCACCGCAACUUCUGACACAGCGACAAAGAAAAGCUGCCGAGGCUAAAGAAGCUGAGGCAGAAAAGCGGGCUCGUCGACGCAACACAUCUAGCCCCGAGAGCGAGGGAGAGCCCGAAAAGCUGUCAAAUCCGGUGUCACCGUGCAGAUACACACACCUUUCUCCCGCCCAAAGCACUGCGAUACUGAAGAACCCGUCAAUCAUGACUUCAUCACAACAUCCAACAGUGAUGACUGUCCGGGUUAUGCUGCUCGACAAAGGUACUCCGUCCCCAGCAGCACGCAUUUACCGACUGCCAUCAAUUCCGAAACCAGAGGCAGCUUCUCUGCCAUGUUUGCGAGCCACGAACGGGGAAGUCUCACAGGACUCGGAGCCGCAAAGCUGGCCUUCUGAUGGCCCACCGCCAGCCCAACCUCUCCCGACCACGUGCUCGUCAGACUUAUCGAGCUCCUCGAGCCCAGUAAUUCGAGCUCGUGACCUUCGCUCACGCUGGCUAGCGCUGGGAAUGCAGUCGUCGUCCCAGAGUAGACCUCUGUCGAAAAUCAAAAACAACAAAUCCAACAUCCCCCGCCGCCAAGCAACUUACCCACGUGAAUCCCUCGCAAAGAUCAACGUUCUGCCCAAGAAGGCACCUCCGGAGAUUGUCGAGAAGUGGGGUCCCGACAGCGCCUUCGGGCGAGGCGAUGGCGAGAUCCCAAAGCAGAUGCCUCCGCCACCGAAGCAGAAGAUGGGCAGAAACAAAGAAGACAGCAGGAAGAAGGUCAGGAACGUCGGGCGGGAGGAGACGAUGUCAGAGUCGGGAAAUGGUGGGGAUGAAGAGAAUCCGCUGGACGUGCCUGCUCCUGGCAUAGACGGAAUGGAGGAUCUACUGAUUAAUCCCUUCGAGCAGCCUACCGAGUGGGAUAAACAUCCUCCUUGCCCGGAUGCCCAUGAUUUGAUUGGGUUUGUCACCAGUGGUGGGUAUAAUCUGGCUGAAGGUCGGGGCGCGGCCAUUGGUGGGAUCUGGGUACAACGACUUCUGGAAGGAUGGCGAGAUGACAGCUUGCCGGAUGAUGGCGUGAAUGAAAGCGAGAAGGAGAAGGAGCGAAGGAAAUAUCUGUGCAUUAUCAGGAAUGCCGGCGAAAGUGUAGGGCGAUUGGGCGUCUGGGAGGUUUGUAGCUAA